AGUGCUCAACCACGAGCCAAGCGUCGCCACUCGGGCGAGCGGCUCCAGGCAUUUCUUGCCGAAGUGGCCGACGUAUGCGGUGCCAGCCUUUUGUUGGUCGAGCUGCCAACGGAAGCUGAGGGCAGGGCUGGAUAAGUACUAGAUCAGCACUUGCUGAGUUGAGUUACCCACAAGGUGCUGGUGUUGACGAACCCCUUUCUGUGGAUAAAAUCAAAAAUCAAAAUGUCAGCUUAUCCAGGACUACUUCAUCAUCUGACAACAGGACAUCGUUGUGAACAUUUUUAAAAAAAGAUAAAAAGAAGAAGCCAGGAACUAAGGAAUUGUACUUCGUAGGCCAACGUCCAACUUUGUACCAGAGCCAAAGGUGGAACAGACAGCUCGCCAGCCAUUCACCCACACACGGAUUUUCUGCUUCUCGUUCCCUCUCUCACUCUCUUCAAAUCACAACUGUGUUCCAGCUUGUAACGUCACUGACAACAACAGCGGCAACAGCACCAGGAAGAACGAACACAACAGUAAUAUCAGACAACAACAACUACAACAACAACAGCGAUAAGAAUAAUAUCAACUAACAACAGAUGGUAAAAUCGAGUUUUUGCGUCAAGACCUCGUGGCCUGAUUUUUCUGUGGCGGGGUUGUUGGUGUUUUUUUAAAGCUGAUAGCGAGUGAGGAAGCAUCGAAAAGGAUGGAGCGAUUUUUUUAGCCUGCUUUGCUCCCAAAAUGCACGCACGCUUGUUUUUGAAACUCAGCAAUUUUCUGGCCUCGACCAACAAAUUUCAGGGCUUCCGGAGGAUGCGCGCGCAGUAGCUGAGAGCACGAUCUGAAAGGACGCCGACACUUCACAAGAUCUUGUUGUGGAACUUUCAGGAUUGCCGGGUGUUUGUUGACUGUCUCUACCUACUUUUUUUUUUCUUUCAGUCUCUUUCUUUUCCUAAGGAAUAGUUUGGCUGCCAGUGGCGCAGUUGUGUGGAAGCCAGGAACAGCUGUGAAAGGAGGUAAUAUGGAGGCUGCGUCAAGCUGGAGGCGUCCCUCUCUGCGAAGACUCGCCUACAUGGUCGUGGUGGCUGGCAUGGUGUGGGUCCUCUGUGGUUGCUUUUGCACGGCAGAGGCUGUCAAAGCACGACACGGGAAGAAGACGUUAGCGAAGGGACGAGUGAAGGUGGCGACAGGUGGCGCAGCACGUGGCAAGGUGGCUGAAGGUGAGGUGAAGCUGGUGGGAGGACGUGGUCCAGCCAUGGGCACAGUGCUGGUCUUUCACGACAACUUCUGGGGGGCGGUGUGCGACGACCUGUGGGAACUGCCCGACGCCCACGUGGUGUGCAGACAACUGGGUUUCCCGGGGGCCGUGCGGGCAGCUUCUGGCAGCGAAUUUGGACCUGGCAAACAACGAAUGUGGCUGUCGGAGGUUCAGUGCAGCGGUCAGGAGAAGCGGCUCGUGCAGUGUCCCUCCGUUGGGUUGGACGUCGUCGUCGGCGAAAGGUGCGCAGGUGACAAGCGGUCAGCAGGUGUUGUCUGCCAGAAGCGGGUCAGACCCUCUGCCGCCAAGCCGCGCAAAGGUGGCACCAGAGCUACAGCCACGACAGCCAUACCCACGUCAACGACAGCGCCCACGGCGUCGACCAAGCCGUUUCUACAACCGCUGAGUCUUGUAGACGCUGACGAGGAUUACCGUUCUUCCAAUGGUGCGCAGACGAAUUGGAUUGAACCGUCGCCAGUGACGACGACGGUGUCCACCGCCUCCAGGGGGACUGCAUUUGGUGGUUUCCAUGUCACUGCGUCUGAAACAGAUGCCACUGUCCAGCUCAACACUACACAGUCAACCUCCACCGCCUCCACGCCAGCAUCCACCACAUCUCAUCUGACACCAACGACAGAACCGACAAAAUCUUCGACAGAUGCAACCAUGACUGUCGCUAAAACAACGACAGUUCCUUUCAUCACCACCAAAGAAACCACGAUGGAUAAUGUAGAAAAUACGACGACAACGGCACAACCCACAACGUCGACUGCAGCACUGAUGAACACAACAAUGGCGGUGGACGCGGCCACCAAGCUGACGGUUAAGGUCGUCGACCUGAAGAAAGCAAACGUUAAAGAGGACAUCACAUUGAAAAGCCCCGCUCUCUCCUCCGAAGACGCCAUUUUGCUACAGGCUGAUUCGCCUGCACAUCCGGAACUGGAGCUGCGUCUGAUGGGGGGUCGCUACCCCAGUGAGGGACGUGUGGAGGUGAGAGAGGCCAGCAGCACUGACGACAAAGCCUGGGGGACCAUCUGCGGGGAUUCUUGGAGUCUGCGAGAAACUAUGGUGGUGUGUCGUCAGAUGAAUCUGCACCAUGCCAAGCAGGCGGGUCAGACAAAUUAUUUUGGAGGCGAGAAUAUGGAGAAGAAGUACUUCUCUUUCAAAUGCACAGGACGAGAGGCGAAGCUCCAUGACUGUCGGGUGACCCUCAUGUCAGACGGCAACGAGUGUAAAAAGAAGACAUCUUUGGCAGGAGUCGUUUGCGCUUCGUAUUUACCUGAUCUUGUUCCAAAUUUAAGAGCUCUUCAAGAAUCCAUCAUGCUUCAGAACCGGCCGCUGUAUUACCUCAGGUGCGCUCUGGAAGAGAACUGUCUGUCUUCCUCUGCUUACGUCAUCAGAAACACAAGCAAAGCGUGGACCAAUUCAAUGCGGAAGUUGCUUCGUUUUUCUACCGUUGUACACAACAGUGGCAAUGCCGACUUCAGACCUGUCCUCGCCAGAGGCCAGUGGGAAUGGCACCAGUGUCAUCAGCACUAUCACAGCAUGGAGGUGUUUUCUCACUAUGACAUCAUGACAUCCAACGGUACAAGGCUUGCUGAGGGCUCCAAAGCCAGUUUCUGCUUGGAAGACACUUUUUGUGAUAAGGGUAUACAUCCGCGAUUUAACUGCGAUGGUUAUGGAGAGCAAGGCCUAUCAGUUAACUGCUCUGACAGCUACAACUGGGAUAUCGACUGUCAAUGGAUUGACGUCACAGAUAUACAGCCUGGCAUCUACACCUUUUUGGUGGAAGUCAACCCAGACUUUUUGGUAGCCGAGCUAGACUUUGACAACAACGUGGCCCGCUGCGACCUGUGGUAUUCCGGGUACGCCGUCAAGCUGAUGAACUGUCGUCUGGACAGUCUAAUCGACUAUCGACGUAGCUAACGUGGGCAACACCUCCUCAUGCCCGGGCCAAGACAACAACGACAGAAUUUGGGGCAAGAGGGAAGCUGGGCAAAGAACGGCCAGUGGUGGCUUUUUUUUUUUCUUUCAUUAUUUCUAUCCUCAAUAAUGAUGUUCGUUUAAAGGUGGUCACGGUCAGUUUUCUUUCAUUCUACUGAUGACAUUAAAAACAACGAGAGCAUAAUCAUUUUCACUCAGUUUCAUCCUCAUCUGUUUGUUAUGGAAAAGCUCCGAAAGACAGCAUAAAAAAUUUUCCCACUAGAUGUAUUACAGAAAAAUAAACCUUUUUACAACCUUAUGUUUUCGGAUCUUCAUAAACUAGGAUGCUCACGAGGCAGCCAAGCAGGCCAGGUCUUCAAAAGUUCAUAUAUUUUUUUCAUAUUUUUCUGAAACAUCCAGUUGGACAAAUGUGUGAGCAAUAAUCCAGAAAACUCUAGCCCCACUGAGUCGCCUGAUAGUACAGACAUUCGAAUCACUGAAAAAGACAUUAAAAAUGAAGCCAAAGUCACGCAAACCUGCUGUACCAUUACGGCGCCGAUGGUGUUUCCUACAGAUUCUUGCUGUGUGCGUUUGGCGGCCAUGGACAUCCUUGUCACAGCAAUACACCAAAAAGCUAUUAAAAUAGUUACAUUAACUUUUUGUCGGAAAUUAUUCUAAGUGUAUACCUUUCUCAUGUCGUUCGAUGCAAUCUGUGUGAUCGUCUCAGAUUUAAUUUACAGAGGUCUUUUUUUUUUUUUCAUUGCAAAAGUUUAUAUCAUUUUAUUUGUAUGUCCAGCAUUAAAAUUUGCAUUCAUAACAAGCUAGCCGUAAAGAUUUUACGAAUUGUUUUUGAAUUAUCGCAUGCCAUGCAGGUCUUCUAGAUUGAACGCAUGUUUGUAAACUUGGUGCUUGUUGUUUGCAUGCUCAUGAGUAGGUGAGAACCGCAGUUAUAUAGAUGACAAGGUUGGCAGCCAAUAUCUUCUUUGAAAGUAAUUAAAAUCAAUGAAAUUUU